AUGUCCUGCUCCAGCCUGUGUGCUCCCUGUGGGGUGUGCCCCCCUGCCCCCCUGGCCGACACCUGCAACGAGCCCUGCGUGCGGCAGUGCCCUGACUCCACGGUGGUGAUCCAGCCCCCGGCCACGGUGGUCACCUUCCCCGGGCCCAUCCUCAGCAACUUCCCCCAGUCCAGCGUGGUGGGCUCGGCAGGAGCCCCUGUGAUGGGAGGCUUUGGAGGCCGUGGGGGCUCUGGAGGCCGUGGGGGCUAUGGAGGCUAUGGAGGCUACAGAGGCUUUGGGGGCUAUGGAGGCUUUGGGGGCUAUGGAGGCUAUGGGAGCUGUGGCUAUGGAGGCUCUGGAGCCUCUGGCUGCUAUGGCAGCUAUGGGGGUGGCUGUGGGAUCUGCUAA